AAUUGUUAAGCGUAUUACACUAGAUGGCAAUAAACUUGAAAAUGGCUGCAAAACAUAGCCAAAGUAAUGUGAAAAUAGCAUCAGGAGCUGUGAUAUGUAAAGACUGUGAACUGAAAGGUGAUAUUACAAUUGGUAGUCGGACUAUAAUACAUCCUACUGCACGUAUUAUUGCUGAAGCUGGACCAAUUGUUAUAGGAGAGAACAAUCUCAUUGAAGAACAAGUCCAGAUAAUUAACAGGAUUUCAACCGGUAGUACAGAUGAAUCAACUCCAGUGUUAACAAUUGGAAGUAACAAUGUUUUUGAAGUUGGUUCUUAUACAGCUUCUUUGAAAAUUGGGGAUAAUAAUAUUCUUGAAUCAAAAGCUAAACUUGGGAGACAUGCUGAACUGACCAGUGGUUGUGUCAUUGGGGCCAUGUGUGAAAUUACAACAAAAGAAGUUAUUCCUGAGAAUACAGUAAUCUUUGGUAAGAAAUGUGAGCGAAGAAUUCAGGCAGAGAGACCAACGCCUCAGACUCUGCAGUUAGAUUUCCUUACAAAAGUUCUUCCAAAUUAUCACCAUCUCAGGAAACCAACGAAAGUUGAAAGUAGGCAAAGUUAGAAGCUGAAAAGCUCUAGAGCUUUGAAUAUUGAUCUGCAGAAAUUAUUUGAAGAUGUAAUCAACUACUCUGCUAAGUUUAAAAAAUGUAAAUUAAGUUAGGUGUGUGUGUGUGUGUAUAUAUAUAUACACACACACAUUUUAAUGAACAAAACAGACCCUAACAAAAAGCGAAAUUGAAGAUGCUGCACAAAUUAAAAGGAUCCCCAGGGUACAGGCUAUAAUAUGGGACAUAUAAUGUGUUUUGGGUUUUGGAGGUGACUGCAGAAGCGAGAUCCACAUUGUAGUGGAAAUACAAUGUCUACCAGUCUUGACUUCCAUUUCUCAGUCUCGUACAUUGAAGAAAAUAAAACAAAAAAAUUCAUUAAAAAUAUGUUUAUUUGGGUCUGUUUUGUUCAUUAAAAUCACAGGUUUGGAUUUGCUGUUUUUAACGCAUUUCUUCCGUUUGAUGUUAAUUUUUGCUUGUUUAAGUACUAAUUUUUCUAUACAUACAUAUGUAUGUGUAAAUAUAUUUAUAUUUAUAUUCACUCUGUCAGUCACUGAUUUAAUACCACUGCUUUUCUUGCAUUUUGUAUUAUUAAUCAUACAGUUGAAGAUGGAUAAUUAAAAUAUAUUAUGAAAACA